UUGUUACGUUUAAGUUUGAGAUUUGCAGAUGUGCCCUUAGAAACUCGUUAGUUCAUAAGAAUGUUUGUAAACACUCCGAUAAUGAAUAAAACAAAUGUUCCGCCAAGAACAAAUUAAGCACCUCUGCUAAUGCCUACCAUCAUCGCCUCGCAAUCCAACAACUCGAGUGCGUAUCAAUCAACCACCGCACACCACACACAUAAGGAACGCCGGUCGGAUCACACUCACGCAGUCGUCAAUCCGAGUGUUGAGUAUCGGGAGAGGAGAGGAAAACGAUAAAAGAGCCGAAGCGAAGCCCGUCGAUCGUCUUGCCGCAGCCUACGAGCAUCGCGCAUCGAGAGAAAGCGAUUCACUGCCGGUGAGAUAGCGGUUGUCUUCGUAACUACCACUACCACAACAUACUGCCAGACGGAGGGUGCUGGUCGCGCGAUCCUUCUCAUCGCCAGCAGUCGGCACGAAUCCAUCAGUCGGUACGGUAGUGAAACCGGAGCUCUAGUUACUCCGACGCCGGGAAAGCACAAAGUGACUACAUAGUGAAAAAUUCCCUGUGGAAAGAGAUAAACGUGAAACGCAAAAGGCCAAAUUAACCAUCGAGUGGCCAAUCGACGUGGUGAGUUCUUGGUUUUGCGAUCAGAAGUGUGAUAGUGAUUAGCGGAAUUUCUCCACCAUCCAGACCGACGCUACUGCAGCCAACAAAAGGAGGCGGCCAUUUUGCACGCUCAUCUUUGCCAAGCCACACGUUCUGGGAAAACCGCACAUCGUUGGGCGAAUUUCGCACGCAUCCGAACGUGAUUUGUAUUAUUUUCCUGCGGUUUGACAGCCCGUAUACCCGGUGGCGGCACUGUGGCCGUGCAACUGGCAGAUUACCAACCGUGCACGUGAUACAUUGGUCAUCGUUGCUAGACGCAGAGAACCAAUUUCAACAACCGUCCGACGAAACUUCGCACACGAUCGAACGAGCAAAGCAGGGUCAGCAGGAGGCAAAAGCUUCAUCUGGGCCACAACCAUCCAGAAAUUCCGAGAAGACAGGAACAAAGAGCCUUCACCAAAGAACUCUGCUCGCCUCAGGGCUCUUUUUUCUCGUUCCAGUUUCGGCGGCAUCAUCUAGGCAAACCGUGCGAGGGAGUAAUCAACGCCGACGCGAAGGCAAUCGACCUUGAGACGACCUCGGUGGCUUUCGGCGGAACGGAGCAGCCUGUUUCCGUUUCGGACGCGAGUUGCUCGCAGCAUCAAGGAUCGUUUCGGCAAAUCGGAGGAGCGGAGUGGUUGGCGAGGUUGGAUCCAACCAUGGAUCGGACCGCGGGGUCGUCCAUGAAGACGCAACCGACGAGCGAGGAGGCCUGUGUGCGCGGGCGAGUUAUUUGAUCGGUGGCGAUGCGUGAGUACAGUGCACAAACAAAUGUUAGUUUCUAAGUAAGAAUAAACAGCUAGGACGUAGAGAGAGGAUUAGGCGUUUAGGUGGCACAAUGCUAGGAGCCAAAUAAAGAUGUUGUCUAAAUGAAUAAGCUUUGAGUUGGUGCUUUGAUUGCCGUGUUUGUGCCCGAAUUACCCUGCUAUACGGUAGUCUUGCUCUACUGGUCGGGAAGUUUGCAACACUGGCGCCCAACUGAAAAUCCACACAUUAUGAACUACCGUUUAGCGUUUUGAGUUUUGGUUUUGUUGAGACUUGGUUUUGUGCAAUUUCGAUUAUCUGGCAUACGAUUAUCGAAACAAUUUUAGCCCUUACGCAUUUAAGAUUCAACAUAAGACAUGGAUUACACACACUUAACAGAUGAGGAGGUGACGUAUGAGUUGGCUCUGCGUCACGUGGUAAAUUUAGGGCCUACCACCCACAGAGGAAAGGUCCUCCGUCUAAAGGCACUCGUCCAGGAGGAAGCCUUAAGAGAUAACCAGCCCACUAGCUCAGCCCAUGUAAUGAGUCCACAGUCCAACAUUGAACACUGUGAAACUCAAAUACAGCAGCUGCACAUUAGCACUGAAGCGGCCAUUCGAACAGCCGAUAGGGCUGCAAUCAGUCAAAGCCGAACGCGUCUUACCCACUAUCGCGACAGAUUACGGUUAAUCCACCCUCCGGUCGAACUGAGAGAGCUGCAUGGGAUGCUAACCAUGCACGUGACGGUUUUGCUCAACAAAGUGAAUGGUACUAGUGUAGUGAGUUGUGUGCAACGAGGUGAGAAUGAGGUGAACCACACAAGUUCAACGGGUGCCAUCAGAAGAAGCAACAACGAAGAGGAAGGAGCAGUCGGUGGAACGGCGGAUGUCACGAUUCCAGUGGGCAACAAUUCAAAUCCAGAAUCCACACCACCGCCAGCAUCACAGCCGCCUCUGAUGACGUCAUUCUCUGGUGGACAGGGACGAGGAUUGCUGUUUUCGAGUUCGUUUCGAGUGCGAGACAACGAAGAUGGAGGUGAAACACAGCCUAGACAACGGAACACCUCACCACCGCCUCCCUACCUUCCACGGGAGCGAGAAACAUGGAACCGGACAGCUCGAGAAACACAAUCACGAGAAGUUCACGAGCUGCAAUCGAGAAUAGUGGAGAUGCAGGAAAGAGAGCAGCGGAUGCACGAAGAAUACUGCCGAAUGCGGGACGAUCUGGAGCGGCUAGUGCGUCGAGAACGACCAGCGCCGGAACGAGUGGAUGAUCGACGGAUUCAGAAGGCCGUGCACAACUGGCCUUUCAAGUUUCGCGGCGAAAAGGACACGACGUCACUCAACGUGUUCCUAGAUCGCGUGGAGACGUUCGCGAGAUCGGAAGGCAUGAGUGAUGCCACACUUCUGAGUUCCAUCAAGCAUCUACUGCAGGAGGACGCCAUCGAUUGGUACUCACGAGCAACGUCGCAAAACCAGUUGCGGACCUGGGACCAGUUCAAGCGGGAGAUCAGAAGGGAAUUCCUGCCCAGCGGAUACUCCCAAAUUCUGCGUCUGGAAGCCAGCUUUCGAUUUCAAGGAAGGGAGGAAUCCUUUGCGAAGUUCUACCGAGACAUCUCAGCGCUCUUCCGCUUCGUCGAUCCACCCAUUCCAGACGACGAAAAGUUCUUCCUGGUGAAGAAAAACAUGAACGAGAACUACGCAGCCAUCGUAACAGCAGCGAGGCCUCGUUCACUGGAAGAAAUGGUGGAAGUCUGCACCGGAUACGACGAGACGAGGAUGCUUCUGAACAGGCAACGCAGGAUUCCCAUUCCGCACAGCGCGCUUCUGGAACCGAACUUCGCUACGCCAGUAGUAACCAGCAGACCACCACCGGUUCAGCAUCACCAACAGUCACAGCGGUUCAACAGAGUUCACGCCGUGGAGGUGGAAGAAGCCGCAUUCGAGCACGAAGCAGCGGAGGAAGGACCAGAAGACAAUUGGCAGCACAACAUCGACGAACUGGUGGAGCAAGUCAAUGCGUUGAAGUUGAACAUUGAGCGGAGAUCUGCGAGACCAAGCUUUGCCGCACGCGACGAAAGGCAGCCAAGGCCAACGGAUAGAUACAACCGGACAGAGGCUGACGUCCUGCGAGCAGCGCGGCAGUACACAAGAGAUGCGCAAACCCCGGCACAGCAGCAGCGUCCGCAAACCGCAUCGUACCAGACUCGGCUACCACAACAACAGCAAGAACAGCCGCAAAGAGCACAGGGCUGGCAAGCACGACAGUGGAUGCCAAGCUCGGAUCAGAGCGACUAUAACCGAAGAAGCCAACGUCUGCUGCCAGAACCAGCCAGGCAACGGGAAGAUCGCCAGAUACAACAGGAAGAAGCUCCGAAUGACCAACGACCAGCGAUGCUCUGCUGGAACUGCGACGAGGAAGGCCACAGAUUCAUGGACUGUCCGAAACCGCAAGCCAUUCUCUUCUGCUACCGGUGUGGACGGAAGGGCUACUCGUUGCGCAGUUGCUUCACGUGUCGCACGGACGCGUUAAACUACCCAGCGGAGAACCAGCAGUAG